CUCGCCGGUCAGAACGAAGGUCUGCUUUUCGAAGGCUCACUCCACUGUGGCGCGCGGGCGUUUACGCGCGUGUCGCCAUCCCCCCCCCUCUCCCCCUCCCCCUGCCUUCGGGGAAAGUCCCCGGACACUGGGUAGCAAGUACCCGCUGUCAACGUUGUCCCUCUGCCAUGUAGAGUACGAUCGCGAAGAGGAACGCCCCGUGUGCGUGGUUGGGCCUCCGUCCUCGGCGGCCCUCCCAUAUGUUAUGUGCACAGGGCCGACUGAGCGUAGUCCGACUCUUGGGCGGUGAAUCGUCAUAGCACAGUCAUGCAGACUUGGUCCGGCCGCUCUUCUCUCUCGUUGCGGAGGGCGACGGUCCAAAACUCGACGGGGCUUAUUCUUUUUCUGACCGGCUUGAAAUGGGGGCCCCCAGCUACCACCACAGCCUCUUCCCUUGUGCCUCGUCGCGCAUGGGUCGACUUUGUGGAGGCCGAGGCACGACGGCCGGUUGCCCCUCGCGGGUGGACGAGCUCUGGUGUGUGCGCUGCGUGCAUGCGGCGGGGAGGGGCGAGCGAUCCUCCCCCUCCCCCCCCCGCAUGCAUGUACGCACGCACGCCGAUCGGUCGCGCGGCCGAGGAAACGGCAAUGUGCGCACCGCACACAGUGGCCCUGCUGGGACCUCCCUGGUGGCGGCGGUGUGCCCUGUCCGGGGCGGCCCCUUGUCUCCCCCCUCCCCGGCGUGUCGCCGCGCGUCUUCCCCCCUCCCCUCGCCGUCCUCUGUCCUGGUGACAGGCGGGGCGGGUUCUCGGGGGGCGGAGCGUCGGGGCCUGUGACCGUGUGGAGGGGCACAAUGUGGCGCGCACCGGCAUGCGCUGCACCUGCCCCUGGGAUUUCCUUUACGCCUUUCUCGGUGGUGCCCUCUGUGUGUGUGCCUGUGUGUGCAUGCCUUUCCUCGACGCGCCCGGCGGCGUGCAUAUGUGUGUGUGUCUGCGCGCGCACGCUCGGCGCUCUUCUUCCCUCCAGUGGUGGCCGGUCUUUCCCCUCGUGCCUGGUGUGGCGCCCUUCGAAAUGAGCUCUCGCCCCCAGUGCGCGUGGAGCAGGUGGUGUCUGUGCCUGCGCGUGUGCAUGUAUGUGUGUGUGCCGGUGCUCUCGGGAGGCGGCCGAGAUCCGGGCGCUUCGCCGGCGCGGGAGAUGUGUGGAAGGGAGCGCGCGCGCGCGCGCGGGGCCCGGUGCAGUGUUCCUGCCUUCGCUGCCGCGCCCCUCCUCCCUCCUCCCCCUGCGGCGUGCUCUGUUCUUGUUCUGCAUCCCUCCCUGCUUGCCGCUUUUCCAACACACACACACAUACAACACCCCGCGCGCGCGCGCACAUUCUCCCCUUUUCUUCCUCAUUUCACAUCCUCUCACAGAUGGCGAUGAUGAAUGAAAAAUCAAAGGCUUAUUCAAAUAGCAGAUGCCUCACUGAAGGCCUCUGUGCUUUAAACGAUUUUUUAUUCUGAGCCUCUCCCCCUCUGUGACUCUCUCCCCCAUCUUUUAAUAAUUGAAGCACACGCUCGCA